CCUAAACGGAGGGAAAUGUGAACGCAAAACAAAGAAAAGUCUGCUCCCUUUUGGCUCCUGUCUUUACUCGAGUUUUUUGUUUUUUUGUUUUUUUUUCUUCACCCAGCAAAUACCCAUAUAAAUCCCGAAAACGUGUAUUGUUUGUGAUCUAUAAUUAAAAGUCCCUUUUCUCGUUUUCCUUUUCAUCAUGGGAGUCCACGGACUGUGGAGGCUGCUCGAGAGCACAGGAAAACCAAUCAACCCCGAGACCUUGGAGGGAAAGAUACUCGCUGUCGACAUCAGCAUAUGGCUGAACCAGGCAGUGAAGGGGGUGAGGGACCGUGAAGGCAACAGCGUCCAGAACGCCCACCUCCUCACCCUGUUCCACCGCAUCUGUAAGCUGCUGUUCUUCCGCAUCAGACCCGUUUUUGUGUUUGAUGGAGACGCGCCGCUUCUGAAGAAGCAGACCCUGGCUCAGAGGAGGCAGAGGAAGGAGGAGUUGACCCGGGAGUCAAAACAGACCAACGAGAAGCUGCUUAAAACCUUCCUGAAGAGACAGGCCAUCAAAGCUGCUCUAGGAGAUCACAGUAAAGAUCCUCUUCCCAGCCUCUCGAGUGUGAGGCGAGAUGAGGUGGACGAUCUGUAUGUUUUACCAGCUGUUCCACCAGCAGAAGAUGUGGAAAAAAACAGGUCCCCUUCCCCCAGUUCGGAAGAGGAGAGUCAGGAAGAGGCUGACAGUUUUCAUGCAUACCAGGAGGAAGACCCAAACUCGGUGGAUAUCAACUCGGAGGAGUUUGCCAGUCUGCCUGCUGAGAUGAGACACGAGAUGCUCAAAGAAAUGAGGGAGUUCUCAAAAAGACGACGAACCAUGUUUCACAAACCUCCAGAGUGUUCAGGAGACUUUUCGCAGUACCAGCUGGCCGGUCUGCUGCAGAGGAACAGGCUGAACCUGCGUCUGGAGGGCGUUGAGAAGGAGAUGAGCCAGCACAGCGCUGGAAGCGCUCAGCAGCUCUGUCAGCGGGAGGGAGAUCUCGUCAGCCACAGCGUGGAGGCCAACCGGCUGGUUUCUGAGGACAAUUCACACUACAUUCUCAUUAAAGGCUCCAAAAACAACCACGCCACCUCAGAGAGCAAACCUGCCACUGCGGCCUGGUCCGGUCUCUCCGUAUCAGGCAUCAGGAAGCCGGCAGACAGACCAGAACCUCUCUGGAAACCGGUCUUAGAGGACGAAGAUGAAGUGCAAGCCACUUGCUCUGGAGACUCCAAACCUCCUCAGCGGCUUCAGAGAGAGGGGACUCCACCUUCUCCUCGGACCCUGAAAGCAAUCCAGGCGGCUAUGAACGACAGCUCCAAUGAAGGCGAGGCAGAGCAGAAGGAUGGGAGCGUGUCUCCACGAACUGUGAGGGCAAUCCAGCAAGCGCUAACCGAAAAGGAAGAAGACUCAAUAAACAAGAGUCUUCAUCAUCCUGUACCACCGGUGGACAUCAGCAGAUCGGACGAGGAGACUCGAACUUCACUGAGCGAAACGUCUGAGUUUAACAGGAACGCAGCAGGUCAAAGUCCAGUCAUAGACGACAGUUCAUAUAGUAGUAGCUCAGAGGAGGAGAUGGAGGAGGUGAUCGGGCAGAGAAACAAAGCGCUUCGCUUUGCAGCGCUUGAUCUGCCUCAUGACACAGCAACAGAGUCUAAAGAGGAGAACGGAAAACCACCAGAGAAAGAGGAAGACCCGGAACAGCGGGAGCAGGACGCUGCUUUGGAAUCCAGUGCAGACAGAGCGAGGAAUCGGGAUCAUCAGCCAGACCGUGGAAAUCCUUCUGAGCUCUUAGAGCGAAAGGUGGACAAAACCUCAGAGGAGACGAACAAAGACGAAACGAAGCCAGAAAGCAGCGAGGAAAGCGACUCAGAGGAAAGCUUCAUCGAGGUACCGGAAGAGCUUAAAGUGGAGGAUACAGUCGUGAAGACUGCAGAGAAAAGACCACCAGAUGAGAUCUGUGCAGACCAGACGAAGAAGGAAGAGGAGGCAGAGGCAGCGGGGAUCGAGGGCACUGACCGUCCAGCCGCUGCUGUGGAUGCUGAGGGAGAUGAGGAUGAAGAGGGAAAACUGAAAGAGGAAGCAGACACAAAGGCCGCACCCGCACUGGCUGUAAACGAAUGGGAACAACUUGACAUGGAGGACCUAGAGGCUCUGGAAAACUCCCUGCAGAUGGAGCAGAGCAACCUGAAGGAUCAGAAACAGCAGCAGGAGCGGAUGGCCAACACAGUGACGGGGCAGAUGUACCUGGAAAGCCAGGAGCUGCUGCGGCUGUUUGGUGUUCCGUUUCUCGUGGCUCCGAUGGAGGCCGAGGCUCAGUGUGCGGCGCUGGACCGCGCCGACCAAACCCACGGGACCAUCACCGACGACUCGGACGUGUGGCUGUUCGGAGGACGGCACGUUUACAAGAACUUCUUCAGCCAGAACAAAUACGUGGAGCACUACCAGUACAGCGACCUGCAGAACCAACUGGGUCUGGACAGAGCUAAAAUGAUAAACCUGGCUUACCUCCUUGGGAGCGACUACGCAGAGGGAGUGCCAGGAGUCGGCUACGUGACUGGAAUGGAGAUCCUGAACGAGUUUCCUGGACCAGGUUUGGAGCCCCUGAAACAGUUUAGUCAGUGGUGGUCACAAGCUCAGGAGAAUAAGCGCCUCACGGCUGACCCCCAGGACACAAAGGUGAAGAAGAAACUGAGGGCCUUGAAGCUUCAGUCCGGUUUUCCCAACCCCGCCGUUGCUCAGGCGUAUUUAGAACCCGCCGUUGAUCCGUCCUGCAGCUCCUUCAGUUGGGGGCGCCCCCAACUGGAUGUGAUCAAAGAAUUCUGCUUGAGUCGUUUUGGUUGGAGCAGCAGAAAGACGGAGGAGAUCCUUCAGCCUGUUGUCAAGCAGCUCAACAGCCAACAGACUCAGCUGCGGAUAGACUCUUUCUUCCGCAUGGAGCAGCAGGAGAAGCAGGUGAUCCAUAGUCAGCGACUCCGCAGAGCAGUUACCUGCCUAAAAAGGAAAGAGCGAGAAGGGGGAGACGAUAAAGACACAGAGGAGGAAGAGCAAUCGCCGACCAAAUCUAAAAAGGCAAAUCUGAAAAGGCCAGACGAACAAAAGGAGGGGCAGAGGAGCGCAGCGAUGGCGGCGGCGGCUGGAGGUUUCCUGGGAUCUGAGCUGAUGCUGGAAUCUCCUCUGGCCUCGGUCUGCAGCCCUGUCCCUCAGUCCUCAUCAUUAAAAAAUGCUCCUCUGUCUACAAAGGCUUCAUGUGCAGAGCUGCAGGGCAGCAGCAGCUCCGGUGAGGACAGUGACAUAGGCGGGGAAAUGGUCACAGCCAGAUCUGUGUUUGAAGGCAACAAACGCGGCCGAGGAGCAAAAGGAAGAGGGGGAUCCAGAGGAAGAGGAGGGGGAAGGGGGAAGAAGAACACCUGAGGUCUAACUUGAAGGGUUGAAGCUCUCAAAGCCACAGACAAAAACCUUUGAUGUCAUAUUUGGUAUGUAGGUAGGGGUCAGGAAGAAACUUCCUUUCUAAAGGAAAGUCUAUGAAUUUUGUAGACUGAAUAAAAUACCUCACUACUGUUUGGAGUUUUUUUUAACAAGUAGAGCAUUGUUUGGCAUUAAAUUUUGAGUGUCUACCAUG